AUGCGAACCCUACGCAAAAUACGCUCCCACCAGGUCAUGACGACUUCAAGCGCCUUGAUUGCCCAGACACAGUCCGCUCGAGGCGUCGCAACCCGGCCUAGCGAAGCUGGAGACGGUUCCACUCAGAACGUAACUUUACGAACCCCGACCCGUCGGGCGCGAUCGAACAGUGAUGCUGCAGCCCGCGAAACAGGCCUGACGGUUCCUGUCCAAGCUCCGAGACGACCUGCGCGGAAGACAGGCUCUGGUAUUGGGGUUAAGCGCUCGAUGUUAGAGAGCUAUCUGCGCGACGGGCCACCGCAUGGGAAGGUUCGUGAAGGGCUGCAGGAGCUGAAGUAUCUUGUGCUAUCAAGUAGAGUGGAUGCAGAUAGUGAUGGCAUGUCUGCCUAUCGAAUAUAUCUAUGGCUUAUUCUCCUCAAUAUCCCCGCGGUCCGCACCGAUGACUAUCUCGCGUUGAUUCACCGAGGUCGUUCCCCAGCCUACAGCAAGAUUCGCAACGACACGUUUCGAACCCUGGCGACUGAUCCCCUUUUCAAGCGUCGUGUUACCGAGGCUAGUUUGAUCCGCCUACUCAACGCUGUGGCGUGGAAGCUACACGAUUCCAAAGUGAAGCCCAAGUCGCGGCCCACCUCAUCUCGUCGGCGUGAGAGGGAGUCUCUUGUUGAUACACCCCCGAGGAUCCCCGAGGAGCCCGAGGAGACAGGAUCUGUUGCAAGCAGUCUUGUCGCUGACUCUGCCAUAUACGUGCAAGGCAUGAACGUUCUUUGUGCCCCCUUUCUGUACGCAGCUCGGAGCGAAGUCGAGGCCUUUGCCCUCUUCCACUACUUUGUCACCAAGGAGUGCCCUGGCUACAUCCGUGGGGCCAUGGAUGGGGUCCACAGGGGAUUACGGUUGGUGGACCGCUGCCUAGAGAUCGUGGAACCCAAGCUUGCUGCUCAUCUUUCCUCGAAGGGCCUGCAUGCGGAGCUGUAUGCGUUUCCGUCCGUGUUGACGCUAUGUGCAUGUACGCCUCCCUUGCCAGAGGUGCUUCAUCUAUGGGACUUCCUAUUUGCCUAUGGCCCGCAUCUAAAUAUCAUCUGCAUUGUCGCUCAGUUGAUACGCAUGCGGGAUACCCUUCUCGAAAGUCCUAGGUGA